UAGUGUGUGGGGGCGGGAGAAGAGGAGAAGAGCCCGGGGCGGGGAGCGGGCUGGGCCCCGGGCUGCGGCUGCGGCUCCCCAGCCCCGCCAGCUGGAGUGCUCGGAGGUAAAGGCAAGGUCUUUUCAGGGUGGCUGGACCCGUGGCAGACUCAUAUCCAGGUCAACUGUGUCUGAGGUGUUGGAACAGAAGGAGGUCCAUUCCUGUUGGUGACAGCACUGUGGCCCUGUUCUGGGAUGAUCGAGGUAUAAAGGUUUUUCCCAAGAAAGAGCAGCUGAGUCCUUGCAUCUUGUGGCAGCUGGUGUGCCCAGCACUGAGUCCGUGGGAGCUGAAGCCAGCCUGGCCUCUUCUCAUGGGCAGCACCCACCUGUGCUGAGGUCCUGUGGCGGUGGUGGUGUGAGGAGCUGUGAAAUCUGUUGUAACAAAAUGUCUGACAGUCUGGAUAAUGAAGAGAAACCCCCAGCUCCCCCACUGAGGAUGAAUAGUAACAACCGGGAUUCUUCAGCACUCAACCACAGCUCCAAACCACUUCCCAUGGCCCCUGAAGAGAAGAAUAAGAAAGCCAGGCUUCGCUCUAUCUUCCCAGGAGGAGGGGAUAAAACCAAUAAGAAGAAAGAGAAAGAGCGCCCAGAGAUCUCUCUUCCUUCAGACUUUGAGCACACGAUUCAUGUGGGUUUUGACGCAGUCACCGGGGAGUUCACUCCAGAUCUCUAUGGCUCACAGAUGUGCCCAGGGAAGCUCCCAGAGGGAAUUCCUGAGCAAUGGGCACGAUUACUCCAAACUUCUAACAUAACAAAACUGGAACAGAAGAAGAACCCCCAAGCUGUUCUUGAUGUUCUCAAAUUCUAUGAUUCCAAAGAAACAGUCAACAACCAGAAAUACAUGAGUUUUACAUCGGGAGAUAAAAGUGCACACGGAUACAUAGCAGCCCAUCCUUCGAGUACAAAAACAGCAUCAGAGCCUCCUUUGGCUCCGCCGGUGUCUGAAGAAGAAGAUGAAGAAGAGGAAGAAGAAGAAGAUGACAAUGAACCCCCACCAGUUGUUGCACCAAGACCAGAGCAUACAAAAUCAAUCUACACUCGUUCUGUGGUUGAAUCCAUUGCAUCACCAGCAGCACCAAAUAAAGAGGCCACUCCGCCUUCUGCUGAGAAUGCCAAUUCGAGUACUUUGUAUAGGAACACAGAUCGGCAAAGGAAAAAAUCCAAGAUGACAGAUGAGGAGAUCCUGGAGAAGCUAAGAAGCAUUGUGAGUGUUGGUGACCCAAAGAAAAAAUAUACAAGAUUUGAAAAAAUUGGUCAAGGGGCCUCAGGCACUGUUUAUACAGCACUAGACAUUGCAACAGGACAAGAGGUGGCGAUAAAGCAGAUGAACCUUCAACAGCAGCCCAAAAAGGAAUUAAUUAUUAAUGAAAUCCUGGUCAUGAGAGAAAAUAAGAAUCCCAAUAUUGUUAAUUAUUUAGAUAGCUACUUAGUGGGUGAUGAACUAUGGGUAGUCAUGGAAUACUUGGCCGGUGGCUCUUUGACUGAUGUGGUCACAGAGACCUGUAUGGAUGAAGGACAGAUAGCAGCUGUCUGUAGAGAGUGCCUCCAAGCUUUGGAUUUCUUACACUCAAACCAAGUGAUCCAUAGAGACAUAAAGAGUGACAAUAUUCUUCUUGGGAUGGAUGGCUCUGUUAAAUUGACUGAUUUUGGGUUCUGUGCCCAGAUCACCCCUGAGCAAAGUAAACGAAGCACUAUGGUGGGAACCCCCUAUUGGAUGGCACCUGAGGUGGUGACUCGAAAAGCUUAUGGUCCAAAAGUUGAUAUCUGGUCUCUGGGGAUUAUGGCAAUUGAAAUGGUGGAAGGUGAACCCCCUUACCUUAAUGAAAAUCCACUCAGGGCAUUAUAUCUGAUAGCCACUAAUGGAACCCCAGAGCUCCAGAAUCCUGAGAGACUGUCAGCUGUAUUCCGUGACUUUUUAAAUCGUUGUCUUGAGAUGGAUGUGGAUAGACGAGGCUCUGCCAAGGAGCUUUUGCAGCAUCCAUUUUUAAAAUUAGCCAAGCCUCUCUCCAGCCUGACUCCUCUGAUUAUUGCUGCUAAGGAAGCGAUUAAGAACAGCAGCCGCUAGGACUGCAGGCCUUACCCCACACCAUCUCCCUCAUGAGUAAGACUGAAAUAAAACUCUGCUACAGGAAAGAUGGAAGAAAAGACAGUCAAAUGGGGUGGGGGUUCUUUAACUUUCAAAUGAAGAGCAACUUCUUAUAAGCCUUUUUCCUACUCCCUCAGAUUAUGUAAUUUAUUUGUAAGCCUGAAGAGCAGCCCAAACAGGGCAGCAAUGUCGAAGUGGCCAUAAAGUGACCACUUCCACCGUGAAGCGAAAGAGCCAGUAGUGAAUCCCCUCAUUUUGUGCAUUCACUUUGAAGAAAAAGGUUUCUCAAAGAUGCACAUUUCCUCUUCAUAGUGUUGUGUUUGUUCUUAAAUUAGAGAGUAGUCCCUCUUGCAUUCGAACCUCUUUCAAAACUCCUUACCCAAUGUGAUGUUUUCAUAUACAUUGUCAUUAGAUGUCCAGAAAAAGAUGUCAAAACUGUUUUUUAAAAAAAGAAAGCAAAAAAGCAAAGGAAAAAAAAUAAAAAUACAAAAACAAAACAAAAAACUAAACAGAAAAAAAGCCCAGAGCAAGUUCUGUGUGAAUAUGUGGAUGUCCAUGCCCUAAUAGAGUUACAAUUUUUUAUUCUUCCUCUAUAGUGGUGGCUUGGUUUGUGUACCUAUUUUUCUGCAUUUGUAUUGGAAAAAGUUUCUUUUAGGACAUUUUCCAAAAGCAGAGAGGAAUAUGUGUGCUCAGGAAGGGCUUUUCAAAACUAUAUAUCUAAAUAAAGCUCAAAUGAUGAAAUCCUGUCCCAUUUUCAUGAUGAUGCAUAAGAGGUAGUUGAUUUAUCAUUUAUAUAAGCCAGCUUGCUCAUCUUCAUGAUGCCUGUGAAAGGACACACCGAAAUAGUGGCACUCCUCUUGGGUAAGUCCAGGUCCUGAACCUUGGAAGUCCUGAUAGGAGCAACCAUAUAUAAUGGGACUUUCUCUGAGAGCCAAAAGGGAAACAGGAUUAAGUGUGUAAUACUGACAGGCCUGUUGGACAGUAAGUGAACAAAGUGAAGGUACUGAAUUUAACCAUUUCUUGGGCUUAUAAAUAUAUGUACUGUAAAAUAGGAACACCAGGGGAAAUAAACCUAUUAACUAACAUUUCCCUAUAAUACAAAUUACUCAUUUUGACAAUUUAUAACAUUUUAAUAAUAAAAUACAAAUCUGGAGUAUACAGAUAUAGUAAGCAUUCACUCUGUAAGAAAUGGGAGGUCAGUGAAAACUACAUCCCAAUCAAUAUUUGGCUCUGAGCAUUUGUUACCAUUUUCCUAUGUAUCACCAAUUUCUGUUUCAGGAUGUGAUAUGUUCAUACUUAGUCUCUUGGGCUUUUGAAUUAAAAAAAAAAAAAACAUGUUCAUAAAAGUCUUGGAAUUCUUUAGUGAAAAUAAUUUUGAUUUGUAAUCAUAUUUCCCAAGAAAUAUCAGUCCAACUUAAUUCCUUUUGUGGCUUUGGGAAAAUUCCAAAUUUUGACCAUUUCACAAUGCACCUCUUUUUUAAAAUAUUCAACUGAAUUUUCUGAAAAUAGAAAAAUAGCUGGAGGGUAUCUGCAUAAAAAAGGUUAAGCUUCUUUUUUGAGUGUAUUGUCAAUUUUAUGAAUUCUGUAAAGUUGUUUCUCUAAGCCUUUGAAAAGCUAGCAAUAUAUGCUGAAGAAGGUGUCUUAACUUGUAGUGUAUCGUGAACCUGAAUAGAACCUAUCUACAUUCAGCAAGAGGGGGAAAGAAAUCAGUGAUAUGAGCCUCUCUCCUUCUCUGCCAAGGUGUAUUCAUCUAUCUAACCAUCCACCCAUCCAUUUUUUUAAAUAAAAGCACUUUCCUUAGAGAGUUUCUGCUAACCAUAUAAUGCGUCUCUUUAUGUUUAGUAGAUGACACCACUGGUCAAUUUCCUAUUUUUCUAUUUGUUUUCUUUGACUCUAAAAUGUUUUAGGGACUUGAUCCCCCAGAAAAUAUCCAUGGUGGGAGAAAACAGCAAAUAUGAAAAGAAAAACAAAUGGUACUAUUAAUUUGAAACAUACUAUGUUACACUUUGUGAAAAGGUCGCUGGGCCUGAAAUACUUAAUGCCAUACUGAUAUG